AUGAACGAAAUAAGAUCCGAGAACGAGAUUGUGGAGAGUGUUGAGUCAACAAAGAUUGAUCUGGGCCUCAAGACAUUCUUCCAGCAACUUGCAAAGGACAAGAACGUGAAGGGAUUCUGUUUGGUUCCAGACAAUGCCCGAUGCCCGCGUUACAAUUUGAAGCGAAACUCUGCUCCUUCAGUUAUCAACGGAGCUACACGCACGAUUCUAUCCUACGAUGAAGCACCAAAUUGCCCUCUUCGCCGUGUCAGCGAAGGUUGCCCUCUUCUGCGCCGUGUCAGCGACGGCGACCACGAUUCCCACGUUUCGUUGCUGGAAACUAUCUUCAACGAGGUGGACAAUAUUAUCCAUGAAGUUGAUGAGAGUGAUGAAGAAAACGAUGCCCAAUCUAUUUGCUUAAAAGAUUCGUCGAACAGAAAUCGUGCCAUGCAUAAAGACGUCGAUUUUGAUUGUUCAUUUCAACGUUUCAGCAUGGAUCCAUCAGGGGACGAAUCUAGGGAAUCGAGCUCACGAUCUUCAUCGAGUCUUCGUGAGCAACUCGUUGCCCCUCGACUCCCUAUUCGUAAAGGAAGCAUUGAUAGUUUUGUUUGCUCUGAAACUGCCAAUGCGGAAAGCUGUGAUUCUUUCAGCGCCACAAGCACAACUGCUGACUGUUCGUUGGACGAAGCUCAGUCUUCUUGGCAGCGCAAAGAAGAUGAAUGUCUAGCACCCGCGCCCAUCAUAAGAUAUACUAUCGAUUUGAAGGCCAACUUCGUGUCGCCGCUACAAGGCAUGGAGUCUAAGCUUAGCAAACAGCGACGUCAACGGAGCUCUCGUCGCAACAGCUUGGAUACUGGUUUCACGUUUCGCACUUCCUUUACUAGCCGGCGAAUCGAUGAAGCAUCAGAUAAUGAAGACGAGGAUAGGCCGAGCAGACUAGUCAAUUUGUAA